UCCGUCGGGCUGAGGUGGUGGACAGCGCAGCCAUUUCUCUGCCCCUCAUGAAAAAACAUGCGGAGGGAGGGAGGAGGAGGAGAGGGGGGGGCAGAGCAUGCGUGUCCAUCACGCGCACAACUAACCUGACGUGCGGGAGUCAUACCGAGGCUGAACCCCGCACCGCCGAUUGAGAUCCGCGAUCUCCAAACUUUCUCCCAAAAUCCAACGCCUGCGCAGACAAAACAGGCUUCUCCAUUGUGUGUGUGUGUGUGUGUGUGUGUGUGUGUGUGUGUGUUACUGCCAUGGAGGGAAAUCUGCAAGGAGGCAGCAGCAGCAGCAGCAGGGACGUCUCAACAAUGCAUGUGAAGACUGAAGCAGUCGAUGAGAACACAUCUGCGCUGGUUUUGGGCAGUCAGGAGUCGCCUGCGCCCUGCGGAGAUACCGCAUGCAGAGGAGGAGGAGGAGGAGGAGGAGGAGGAGGAGUGGAUCAGACUGCAGAGGAGCUGGCUGACACAGAGCUGCAAGCAGCCACGACAGCCACUCCUGUGCUGCUGUAUCCUGUGAGCACGGACCGCUUCUUCACCACGUCAGGAGAUGGAAAAACUUACCUGAAGAUAGCUCCAGCUUCAGCGAUGCCACCUGCUCUUUCAGAGAAGACGCUUCCCUCCGGCUCCGAUUUCUCCUCCAAAGCUGUUUUGUGCCUGAUUGAGGCCGUCGGCCGCCGCUGGGGCCUGUACGAGACUCGGGAACGCUCGCAGCUCUUCCAGAGCGUCCAGGAGGAGAUGGCCUCCAAGGGUCACGUGAUUCCUGUCGAAAAGAUCCGCCGCAAGUGGAACAACCUCAUCGUCACAUACAAGAGGGUCAAAGAUCGCAGCCGGGAGACGGGACACGCUAAAACGUCCUGGGAGUUCUUUGAUUUGAUGGAUGCCACACUCUGUGACACUGUCGGCACGCAAAUCAUCAACAACAAAAGAAACCGAGCUGGAAAUGCUCUUUCUGCGCUGCCCGGGCCUUUGGCAAAGAUCGCAGCAAAACCACAGCUUCCACAGCCCCCCAGCAUCAUCCGCCCUAACGGGGACUUUGCUUCGACUGGUGUUCUGGAAUCAGCGGGUCAGGGAGCCAUCAGCAGUCAAAUCAUCAAUAGCACUGCUGCCAUUACUUCAAUGACUACAGCCACCAUUAGCCCCACAAAUGCUCCAGACCUCAAGCCCCUGAUCGUCCUCAACAGUGACAUUGUUACAACCACUGUUCAUCCAGCCACCAUCGUGCCAUCUCCAUCUUUUAUCUCCUCCCCUUGUUUUACAGAGACAGCUUCUACUUCUCCUUCCCUUGGCUUGACUAGUAACACAGACCUCAACACGUCGCGCUACGUCGGCCGUAAAGCUCCGUCAUUCUCAUCGGGUGUCAUACCGUUUCGCCUUAGCAACGCGCCGAUUGGCAGCAAUCAGAAUCUCCUCGGCCUCUCCUCCUCUUUUCCCCCCGCUUCCUCGUGCCUCACUUCGUCUGUUUCCACCUCGUUGUCUGCGACAACUACAUCGUCGGGAGCUGAAAGACAGAACCAGAAAGGAAACGAGGAGCAACCCAGCACCACUUUGUGCCAGGAGAUUCUGAAGCGACAGGAGGAGCAGGCUUACCUGGACCGGGUGGCCCGUCGCCGGGUGGAAGCCAGAGAGAAGAGGCGCGAGAGGAGGGAGGUACGGAUGGCGGAGUCCCUCGGGAGGAUAGCCACGGCCCUGGAGCUGCUCUCUUCCAAACAGGACACGGUCAUUGCCCUCCUGCAGAGACUGGCUGACCGGAAGUGAUGAGGGGCGUCACGAUUCUUCAAAUCCAUGACUUGAUUUGACUUUUUAAGCUCACAGUUCGAUUCGAUUCGAAACAUUUUUACCCAGCACUGAUGGCUAUGCCAUUUUCAGACUAGUCUUGAUUUGUAAAGAUCAACAGUCCAUUGGUUUUAUGUCAUGUACACUUUAAAACUCUUCAUUAAAAAGAUAAGCUACAUGGUAUCAAGUGUGAUAUAAUCGCCAAAUCUUUUUUUUGGUGGAAUGGACCGGUCCAUAAGAUCAAAUUAAAAUAAGUUGAGUUACGCAGGGUCAAGCAGGUCACUGUAGGGAUAGUGUUAAAUCUUUAGAUUGUGACUUCUCCUUGAGAUACAGAGCAGCUGUAUGUUUGUGUUUAGGUCAGAGGAAAGCGCUGUCUCACUCCCUUGACACAACAGGUAGGUACAUAAAGUAGAAGCCUUGACGGAGUCGGAUAACAAUGUCGGACCACUAACAUAUUUCCUUAGACAUAAGAGUAGUUGUGGCACUAUUCUGGGGUCAUACAGACGAGCCAGAGAGGACAGCUCGGCAUCAUGUCAUGACAAGUGUAUUGAUAAAUGCUUCAUUCUCCUUGGCCAAGCUUCAAUAAACCUUUCAACAUAAGAAGACUUGGACUCCUGUGCACUUUCUCUCCACCGACUGAACAUUGAUGAAUAAAAUUCUACACAACAGAUGCUCACCUGCAAAAAUCCAACAGGAGGAUCAAUAAUGUUCUGAGAGAAUUGAGGGUUACAGCCUGGAGAGCAGAGAGGCUCUGUAACCCCUGCCAUCUUUUACUUCUAGACUUAAUGUACCAAACACUUUGUACUUAUUUUGUACUAAAAGACUAGAGCAC